AUGGGCUACUCUGGACCUAUCCGCACCAACCCGCCUACGGGCGAGGCUGCCAUCUGGCUCUUUGGCUAUGUUCCGUCUCUCGCUAUGGGUAUCGUCGGUGUCAUCACCAUGCUCCUUGUCGCUGGUCCUCACGCCUUCUACCUGUUCACCAAGCGCGGUGUCCGGUCGGUCCACCUGCUCUUUGCUUUUGCCGCUGCUAUCGAGGCUCUUGGCUUUGGUGCAAGGCUUUACUCGAACACUUGGGAGUUUGACGGAAUGGGAUUCUUGGUAGGCAUGUCGCUCAUCCAGCUCGCUACCGUCCUCCUUACCGCCGGCCUCUACAAGUCCGUCCAGCGUAACGCCAAGUACUUCCCUGUCCCGGUCGGUAUGCAGCUCUCACCUAUGCGUCCCAGGUCUAUGCUCUCUCUCUUCAUCAUCCUGGACGUCAUCUUUGUGCUCUUCCAGAUUGGUGGCCAGUACCUCGCAUCUUCCGCCCAGGCUGCCGAGUUUACCGGUACUGAGCCCAUGUUCUCUGUCGGUACCUCCACCCUCAUCUUCCUCUCCGGCAACGUCCUUCAGGCCAUCAGCAUCAUCGUCUUUGCCGCUUUCGUCCUCGUCAUCAAGAAGCGGGUGAACCGCGUCCUGUCCAGUGCCGACCCGGCCACCGACUACCCCCUCUCGCAAGCCCUCCUCACCCAAAUCCUCAUCUCUGUCGGGCUCUUCCUCAUUCGCCUCAUCGUCCGGAUCGCCCAGGGUGCUCAGGGUAUCUACGGCUACGCUGCUACCCACGAGUGGGUCUUUGGUGUGUUCGAGUACCUCCCCAUCUUCCUCAUCCUCGUCCUCUGGGCCGUCAAGCCCCUCCACAGCUUCCUCUUCCCCCUCGGUCACCGGCACGGUGAGGGUGCGCACACCCGGAUCCACCCCGGAGACUCUGUCGCGCCCAGCUCGUCGGGCAACAUCGCCGACAAGGCUUGA